AUGGUAGCGAUUAGGAAACAGAGAAACAACUCUUUAGUGUCCCAUCCUCAAGAAACCCAACUUUUUCGAAAAGUUAGGAUCAUUGUAGCUGAUCCUUACGCAACUGAUGACUCCUCUAGUGAUGAAGAGGAGGAGAUGAAGCCUAGGCCUCGUCCUGUGAAACGCAUUGUCCGUGAGAUUAACUUCCCACCUCGUGACGACCCUUCUUCACAGAUUACUACUAAGACUAUCAGCAAGAAAGGGAAGUCUUUGUUGGCUUCUUCUCGUGGUAGGUUGGGUCAGAACAAGCUUGUUGGUGUUAGGCUGAGGAAGUGGGGGAAGUGGGCUGCUGAGAUUAGACAUCCGAUUACUAAAACGAGGAGAUGGUUGGGUACUUUCCGUACACAAGAAGAGGCUCAUCAGGCUUAUAAAAAGAAGAGGAGAGAGUAUGAUGAACUUCUUGGUAUUGUUGUUGAUCCUGUCCCUGAGGUUUCUUUGUCUGAGAAUAGUCAAAGCUCACGCUCUUCUACUACUAAUCCUCCUGAGCAGGAAGAUACUUCAGCUUCAGCUCUUAAAGAAGAGAUCAAGAUCACUACUACCAAUGAUGUUGAUUUGGGGAAGGAAGUGUUGUUUGAUUUCAACUUUGCUGAUUUACAGAUUCCUGAUUUUGGUUUGUUUAAUGAUGGUGGAGGACCAAUGAGUGGUGCUGGUGGUGGUGGAAAUGAUCUUGGUUUAGACUUUGAUUGUUUCUUCACUGAUGAUCAGCUUGAUGAUUUUGGUUUAUUGGAUGAUAUUGAUGGAUUUGAAGAUAGUGGUCCGAGUGCGUUACCGGAUUUCGACUUUGCAGAUGUUGAGCUUGAGUUAGCUGGCUCGAGUUUCCUUGAUCAGGCCUCGCCUCUCAACAUCACUUGCCCUAUGAAAAGUUUUGCUACUUAA